ACUAAUUGAUUGUAGAAAGUUGAUGAGAUGUUCUUAAAGGUUCAAAUUAAGACUUGAGAAAAAUGAUGGAAACCCAGUUCGUUAAAGGGUGACAUCCUUCAUCCCAAUCGCACACGUUUGCGUGCGUGCCUCCUUAUCCAUAUUCAUUCAAAGAGAAAAAUAGUUUUUUUUUUUUCGUUAGAAGUUAUCGAAACCAAAAAGCCAGACAAGUUCAAACACUUCUUUUUUCUCUUUCUUUUUGUAUUUUUCGAGAAAUUUCUCUCUCCAAUCCAUUUCCCAAGCAUCCCCACCACGCUCCCCCUCUCUCUUUAAUUUGAAAUUCUCCAUUUAUGUCCUUAUUUAUUACACCAUAACUCACCCCUAAGGGGGAAAAAUAUUUUUUUUUCCGCCCAUUUCCUUCAAAAACUACUGCUACUGCUGCUACUUCUUCUUCUUUGUUUUCAUCUUGGGCCUCUUUCUUUGUUUUUUUUUUUCCUUUUAAUUCAAAUGGGUUUUCGAUUUUGAGCUGAAGGUGGAAUGCAGACCGGUUGGUGACAUUUAAGAGAAAAAAAAAAGGGGAAGCAUCGAGGGUUUAAAAAGUGGGUGUUUAGACGUGCUUUGCUACUAUCAUGGCAUCUGUGAAUCCAUUUUUUGACGACUUGCAAAGUAAGCCUGAGGUUAUUGAUCCUCCACAAAAUGACGACAUUAUGGAUUGCGAAGCCGUUAAUGAUCCUACUCAAGCUGCUAUUAAACCUAAUGUGACUGUGUCUAGCAGCGUUCGUGAGCUGCUGGAGUGCCCUGUUUGCUUAAAUGCAAUGUACCCUCCAAUUCAUCAGUGUUCAAAUGGACACACAUUGUGUUCUGGUUGCAAGCCAAGGGUGCACAACCGGUGCCCCACAUGCAGACAUGAACUUGGUAAUAUUAGGUGUCUUGCGUUGGAGAAGGUUGCUGCAUCUCUUGAGCUUCCCUGCAAAUACCAGAGUUUUGGGUGCAUAGGCAUCUAUCCGUAUUACAGUAAGCUAAAACAUGAGUCCCAAUGUUCUUAUAGGCCAUAUAGCUGCCCCUAUGCUGGGUCAGAAUGCAGUGUCAUAGGUGAUAUUCCUUAUCUUGUGGCCCAUCUGAAAGAUGAUCACAAAGUUGACAUGCACAAUGGGAGCACUUUCAAUCACCGUUAUGUCAAAUCAAACCCGCAUGAAGUUGAGAAUGCUACAUGGAUGCUAACGGUUUUCAGUUGCUUUGGUCAGUACUUUUGCCUACAUUUUGAAGCCUUCCAGCUCGGAAUCUCUCCCGUCUACAUAGCAUUCUUGCGGUUUAUGGGUGACGAUAACGAGGCAAAGAACUAUAGCUACAGCCUCGAAGUGGGUGGGAAUGGGAGAAAGAUGAUUUGGCAAGGGGUGCCAAGAAGCAUAAGGGAUAGUCAUAGAAAGGUGCGUGACAGUUUCGAUGGUCUCAUAAUACAACGCAACAUGGCUCUGUUCUUCUCUGGGGGAGACCGGAAAGAAUUGAAGCUUAGAGUGACAGGAAGGAUAUGGAAAGAGCAGUGAUGGGGGCUGUAGUAUCCAUUGAAUCUGUCAUGUUGUGAUGGCAAGUAGAAUGUUUGAUUUGGGUAUCAUUUAGUCAUGUAAUUUGUUUGGGGUUUUGUAGGAGGCAAGCUCUCUUUGCGUUAUGCAGUAUGUAUGGGAUAUAAUUGGAAGAUGUAGCUUUUAUAUUUUUAUGCCAAUUAGUUUAUCCA